AUGGUGGGACUAGACCAGACGAUGUCUUCGUCCAGUCCAACUCGCGGCUCCAAAGCGCCUGGUGCCAACAGUCGGCCCUCGAGCAAGGAUGGCUCAAAGAAAAACAUUUGGUCGUCACUGCUCGACGGUGUCGCCAAUGGAAAGCGCUUGCCUGAGAAGAAUCUGCUGAUCUUAGGUGGCACUCCGGAAAGCCAGAGAGAAUUCCUUGAGACAUUCUCCGCAGAUACCUCCGCCGACCCCAGCCUAGUGAACGAGAAGCGAAAGGCGAAGAUGCCUCCGAUCGCCAACCAGUUUGGCCUGGGGUACACAUAUCGCGACGUGCUCGACGCCGACCAAGAAGAUACGCUGGCGCGUGUCUCAGCCUACCUGAUGUCCGAACCCUCUCCUUCAUUUGCUCCGCUCCUCAAACCGCUCCUGACCCCUCAAUCCGUGCCUGAAACUCUGGUCGUCAUUCUAAUGGACUGGUCCGACCCCUGGACUUGGAUCCGGCGACUACGAGAAUGGGUUCGCCUCUUGCGCUCUGUGCUUGUUUCUCUCGACGACGAUACGAAGCUUGUGAUGGAAGAGACCAUGACCGAGUGGCGGGAUCGCAAGAGAGGCAUGGACGCUAGCUCUGCGGCGACCGGAGGCUUGCCAAACUCCGGUGGUCCUGUCACAAUUCCGUUGGGACCUGGCGAAUGGGAUGAAGGACUUGGAAUCCCGAUGUGUGUUGUUUGUCAAGGAGCGGACAAAAUCGAGAAGCUGGAGAAAGACCACGGUUGGCACGAAGAGCAAUUCGAUUUCAUCCUUCAGUUCAUGCGAACAAUUCUGCUUAAACACGGCGCAUCGCUCAUUUACACUACACCUUUCCUCGCCAAUUCUCUUCAGAGCCUGAUUCACUCCUCACUUGGUGUCCACUCUCUUCUGAAACGACAGUCAUUAAAACACAACGUGAUCGACCGCGAUAAGAUCCUAGUACCGGCCAACUGGGACUCAUGGGGCAAGAUCCGCAUUAUUCGCGAAGGUUUCGAUAUGGAGGGAGUAUCGACCGCCUGGUCUAUUGAGAUUCAGGAUGCACCCGAGCCGCUCAACCAAUUCGCCGAUACUGCCCCUCAAGAUGAGAACGUAGAGCCUGACGAUGGCACGAGUGCCGUCACAGUGUUCGAGCAAACCAUUCAAGACCCGAAGCGUGAUAUCACGAUUACCCAUCCGAGCAGCACCCCUAGCGGUACUAAGAUCGAGGUCGAAACAUCCGACACACAAAGCUUCCUGUCCAAGCAGGUUGAAGUCCUCGAACAGCUCAAAGCAGAGGACGAGAAAGACCGCUCUAGCCAGGAAACCCCUCAGCUAGAGAUGUCCCCCAUGGACGACCAGGGCAAGGUCAACGAGCACAUUGGACCUGUCCAAUUCAAUAUGGGAGGUAUUCAAGUGGACGCGGACGACAUGCUCAAGAAGCUUAGGGACCGCGAGGCCAGUCGGACUCAACGAAAAGAGGGACUCCCCACAAACCCAGGCGAUGAGAAAGCUCACAACCAAGCCCUGGCACAAUUCUUCGCCGGUCUCGUAAAGAAACCGGGCAGCAGCCCCCGUGGCAGCCCAUCUGCCUAA